GUUGCGCAGGCAGGGCACUGCAAGCUUCCCUUACUACCCAAGUGGUGUUGGUGUUGCUGCUGCAGUUGUGAGUGCAUGUAGCAGUGGCAGUAGCAGUCUAGCAACUUGCUUCGGCCAUCGAUUUGCGCUUGAUGGAAUCGAGAAGUACAGCGCGAUGGGAUGGAUGGAGACUGCAUGCAGGAAUACAGCUACAGAGUAG